AUGAUUCAAAAAACUGUCAAGCUAGGCGGGCGCGUUGUCGUCGCAAAGACUGGUCAUGGAUUGAUGAUGAUGACAUGGAAGCCCACUCCUGUUCCUGACGAAGAUGCUUUUGAAGCAAUCAAAGCUGGCCUAGAUAGUUUGCCUUCAGGCGUGAAGAUGUUGAUCAAUAGCGGCGAAUUUUACGGUGUAAAGCCUGUCACUGCCAAUCUAGAGCUCGUGUCCAGAUUCUUUGAGAAAUACCCUACCUAUGCCGAUAAAGCUUUUCUCUCGGUGAAGGGAGGAACAAAGGCCAAUUCCCUUGUUCCUGACAGUUCCCCGGUGAACCUGAAACGCAGUGUCGACACCAUUCUCGAGAAACUUCGUGGAAAGAAGAAACUCGACUUAUUCGAGACGGCUCGCAUUGACCAUAACUACCCUGUCGAGGAGACAGUGAAGGUCCUUUCUGGCUUCGUUUCAGAAGGAAAGUUCGACUACAUCGGUUUAUCAGAAUGUCAUGCCAAUACCAUCAAGCGGGCUAGUUCGAUCGCCCCAAUUGCUGCUGUCGAAAUCGAGGUCAGCCCUUGGUCAUACACUCAAGAAACAAAGGAUGUCAUAGCGACCUGCAAAGAAUUAGACAUCGCUGUCGUCGGAUACUCUCCCCUUGGCAGAGGCUUCCUGACCGGCCAGGUCAAAAGGGUCGAUGAUUUUGAAGACGGAUUUAUCCUGUCAUAUGCUGAUGGCCCCGCUCAGAACCUCAAACAUAAUUUUGCCAUCGUAGAUGCCUUGAAAGCCAUCGCUGACAAGAAAGGAGUCACGGCCGCCCAGCUCUCCAUUGCUUGGGUUGGCUCUCUCGGCACGCACGUCUUACCUCUUCCGGGAUCAUCGAAUAAGAAGCGCACAUUAGAAAACUUGGCCGGAGGGGAUAUAGAGCUCUCUCCUGAGGAGUUGACUGAGAUUGACAACGUGUUCGAGACGCACACCGUGAAGGGGAGCAGGUAUAUCGACGGGAUCCCGAACGAGAAGCUCCAUCUUUGGGGAUGA